AUGCGAGUGUCGAGUCUUUCGUUCCUCUUAUACUCGUUGUCCCUGUUGGCCGCUGUCUCCGGUCAGAGCGUAGCGGUCACGGGCGGAGAUGUCGCUACUUCUAAGGAUGCCGCACCUACCAAGACAGAUCCAACCACGACAUCCACAUCGUCGACAUCAUCAACUUCUUCAUCUUCGUCUGAGUCUACAGAAAGCACUUCGACAACUAGUGACACCAAGCCAACGAGCACCAAGUCUGACCCCACAACAACAUCAGACUCCACUAGCGAACCUACAACAGAUAACAACAGCGACAGCAACUCCAAAACUUCAGCAGACAACAGCUCGCAAACUUCCCAAACUCCUGUUGUGAAGACUCUUACUACUGUCCAGACGGUCAGUGGAACACCUGUUCACACCACGCUUACCACCACCUCGUCCGCUCCGGUCGGCGCGACGGACUCUCCUUCCCUGAACGGGGAAGAGAAGGACUCGAAGAGCUCGGGCCUCUCUUCUAACCAAAAGAAGACCAUCAUUGGUGUCGUCGUUGGUGUAGGUGGUGCAAUUUUAAUCGGUGCUCUUGGUGUGGUUGCCUGGAGAAUUCAUGCACGCAAGCGUAAUGGCCACGACAACGACGAAGCUACAGACCUCAUGAGCGGUACUGCUGUCGGCUCCGGCGUUCGAGAGAAGGCUCCCAGCCCCGGGCUGCUGGAACGCCUUUCAAGAGCACUUUGGACCAAUACCAUAACCCCGGUCCUGUCAACGCCGCAUCGAAUUUCUAAAUGA